UUCAGGAAGUCUGCUUGCUGGCUCACAGAGUAUAUUUCGCAGUUUGUCAUUAAUCUGAUGAAGUGCAACAUUUGUAUCUCAGAUGAAUAAAUAUGUCAUCCAGGAGAAUGAGGUGGAUAAUAAAUUGGACACUAGUCUGGCAACCAAGAGCCCAGGUCACCUCGUUGUCGUACCUCAAGAUUCUCAAUAUAACAAGGGGCCAUCAUUAUCCCUACUGUGUCCACAUACUACCUGGGAAACUUUGGGGAAGCAAUAUCAGGAAUAUAAGCAAUCUUGCCCUUUUAUGACAGCUGUGCAACAGAAACAGGGCUUGUAUAGCCUCCUUCCUCUGUUCCUUCAGGCAUGUGAACAAACACCUGUAAUCGUCUCCAUACCUGACAUUUGUGUUAUGGCCAGUGACUUUGGAACCCUUCUUGCCAUGGAAAUGAGGAAAAAAAUCUCCAACAAACCAGCAGAUGCUGCACGAAUAGCUCUUACGAGCUUCCUACAGAGGAAUGAGGAAGAAAAAUCUGGAUACUACCUGCUCAAAUCAGUUUGCCUUCUCUCCCAAAAAGAGCAGGAUAUUCUGUGUUGUCUGAUCAAGACUGGACUUCCAGAUGUGUUUCUGCAGAGUCUAUAUUUGUUUCUUGCCUUUCCUGCUGGGCAUGGGGUCACCAAGAUACAAGAGUCUGAAAAUCAAGUUAAAGAAAUCUUCAUGCAGACAAUGUUAAAACUGUGUAGCCAUGCUCAGGGAGUGGAGAACCUGACCAGAUCCUCGGACUUUGAAUGCCUGCUAAAAGCUGCUGCAUCAGGGUGGGAUCAAUGCGACACUCACUGGAGUGAAUUUGUGGAGAAAGUGCUUAAAUGUGUGUCUAAUGCACUGACCCCAGGAAUGCUGCACUACCUACAGAGCUCUCAUUGUAUUCAAAGCUUUCUACAGACCCUCUCAAAGCAAGUAAAUGCUAUUGCUCCUAGUGUACUGUGCCAAGUGACCACUAUCCUUCUCUCCUUCUUGUUAAAUUCGUAUUCCCUAUCCCCUUCCUUACUUCAGGACUUUGAAAACACUCAGGGCUACCCACUGUUGCUGAAAAUAAUACUGCAAUGUAAAGGAGAUUCACUUAUAGAAAGAGGAGGUGAGCAGCAACUGAAUGAACUGUUAACAUUACUGACCUCCCUUGUUAUCUGUGGAAAAUCAGAAGUGAAAGUUUCAGGUCAGGUGUCUCAUCCACAGCUCCCUGGAUUUAGCAUUGGAUGGACACAUGGCUCAGGAAAGACAGUGAAGAACUUGCAGGCCUUUCAAGUCUUGCAGGGUAUUUUUCAAAGUAGCAUGGAUAUAAAUUUGUGUAGCAAAGUCCUGUCACAAAUGCAGUCCUUGUGGGCUCUGGAACACAGCAACUUUUUUCUUCUUGAGUGGAGUUUGCAACCUACCUCCCAGUUUGUUGAGAUCCUUCCACUGAAGCCUCCUCCAGUGCAGCACCAAUUCUUUCAGCUGAUCCAGUUUGUGGUUUCUAAACUGUCCUACAUUCCCCAUCAAAUCCUACAAAAGGUCCAGGAGCUGAUAAAGCAGAACCAAAGUCCCUCUUGCACAUUGUCAGCUUUGAAUAUGCUGCAGAACAUCAUUGUCAAAGACUCUGUUUUCUGUGACCUCUUUAGAGAUUCUGGGCUUUUUGGUAUGUUGCUUACUCAGCUGAGGAAUCAUGCUAAGGUCUUAAGAAGAGCAGCUGCCAGCACUGGUCAAACACCAGAAGGGGAAUGUGAACGAGAGCUCACUAUUGGAAGACUGCAAACAGUGGAAGUCCUGCUUCAGACAUCAGUUCGAAACGUAGUUAUUCUAAAAGACUAUGGCAUGAUUCCAUACAUCAAGAUCUUCCUAGAUGAUAUGGGAUUACGUAGGGGAGCCAUAUGUAUUCUAGAACAUAUUUCAACCAUUGAUCCGGAUGAAUAUAUGAGCACAAUAAUGGGUGCUUUGUGCUCUUCAACUCAGGCCGAGUUCCCACUGAAACUGGAUCUGCUGCAGUCUCUACAGAAGACACUAAAGUCACCUAAAGAGCAAACCAGUUUCAGAAAUGCAGCUGGGUUUGAUGUGCUUUUGUCUCUUAUUUCUGACAUGGAAGGAUCUUUACAUGAUCCACCUGGAAAGUGUUGGUCAGAAGUCCAAUCAGCCAAUAUUUUAGGGUUAAUCCAGGCUACAAUGACUGCUAUGUCUGCUGCCCUAUUCCAGAAUGUCCCCAAUCAACACUUUUCCCAGAGCCAAAGGAUUUUUGAGAAGAUGGCAGAAGACUUAAAGCAGUUGGGCUGCUUUUCAUCUCCACUAGUAUAUCAGACACAUAUUUAUCACAAUCAGAUGAAAUCAAGAGGGAGAUCUCUUCAGGAACUCUUGGCUGUGAUCUAUGGUUGUCAGACAUCAUGUUCACAAUCGCUUAGAAACUGUUUUAUAAUACUUAGUCUUCUACUGGGUAUGGCGGCAGGCAAACUUACUUGUAGAUGGCAGGAACAUGCCAUCAAGCAAAUUACUAUUGAACUGCCAAUAAGAGACAUGCUGCCAGCAUAUGAAGAGAAAAGAGAAAUGGAAGAGGAGUUAACCAACUUUAUUCAAUAUGCAUUUUCUGAAGUCUUGGACAGUAGUUCCACAGAAGACCUUGUGACUGUGGAGCCUGGUGCUUUGUGUGUCGUCAUCAGCCUAAUUCAGCAAGUAUACAGUGAAGAGAAUCAAGAGUUGUCUAAGGAAAUUCAGUGUGCAGUUCUUGAGCAUAUCCAUUCGUUGGGCCGAAGUGAAAGGCAGCGGCAGUUUCUCUGUGAGUCCCAGCUGCUGAACUGCAUUGUCAGGUUCUGCAGGGAAACCCUGAGUAAUGAUGGUGACCCACUGCGACUAACCCUUAUUAGGCUCUUUGAGAAGCUGGCAUCCCAGGCAGUCCAACCUAAUGUGUUAAGACAAUUCCUGUGCUGUGGGAUUGCAGCAGAGCAGUGCUGUGAACAUGAGACCACCACAGAUAUGCAGGCAAAUGUCUACAGCCACCGCCUUUCCUCUUGCUGGGUUCUGCAUACAUCUAUGAGUUUGGUCUCCAUGACAUCCCCUCGUAGAUUCCAAAUGCACAAUUCCUCUAUGUCACCUUCAUUUGUGGAGUUUGAUAUGUCAACACAUGGAUCAGGGUGUUUGUUCCUUCCUUCAGUUGGUUCUAUUUUGGGUUCUAAUGUUGAGGAUAUCUUGUCUGGGGGUGUAAGAACAGGUGGUCGAAACUUUCCUCCUCCUGGUGGCCUUAAUUUCUCGUGCUGGUUCUUGGUGAGCAGAUUCUGCCUUGCACCAGAGCCACAUCCCAUUCGCCUCCUAACCAUUGUUCGUCAUAUGUCACGGAGUCAACAGCAUUUUGUGUGUUUAUCCAUUGUCCUUAAUGCAGCUGAGAGAUGUCUGCUGGUUUCUACAGAGGAACAAGAAUUCCAACCUUUGGAUAUGAUGGAAGUGGAAGUAUCGUCUUGUAAUUCCUCACGCUCACCAUCUCAGGUGCAGCUUAAUGUGUCUGGACUACUAGUGAAGGACCAAUGGCAUCACUUAUUUGUAGCACUAAAAGAUUUAAAGCGGUCUGGUGUGGUUACUGCCUGGAUAGAUGGCCAAUGUCUGGGUUCAACAGAGAUUCAUUAUGUGCAACGCUUGCCAGGGGGCAUUACCAAUUUGGACCCCUCAGCACUAGUAGACAUUCAUGCAUUCAUUGGCACACCACAGAUUUGGCGCCAGCAGAGUUCUCUGCUGUGGAGGCUGGGACAGUCUUACCUAUUUGAGGAGGUUUUAUCUGAAGAGACCAUGCAAUUGAUUUUGAAACUUGGACCUUCUUACUGUGGAAACUUUAAAACUGGAGCAACUACUGUUGUAGCAGAGGAGAAGAUUGUCUUUGGUGUGAAUGUUCUCAGCUCUUAUUUCAGCACUAUCACCAAGAUCAGAGACAUGUAUAAUGAGGUGGAUGGGCGACAUAUAGCUAAAGAGUUUGUUAUCUCAUCAAGGGAUAAUUCAACACCUGUCUUCUUGUCAAGAAAUUUGGCUUCACAUCUCCAGGGUACAACACGUACUCUUGGUGCUGUUACUGUGCAAACUAAGGGUGUACGAGUCUUUAAUUCCACACCGGCUUCUGAGUCCCUCAAUUAUAUUGGUGGCCCAGCAGUAAUGCUCAGCUUGAUUGCCAUGUCAACUGAUGACCAGGCCCUGUAUGCUGCCAUUAAAGCACUUGUGUCUGUCCUAAGCAGCAGUCUUCUGGCAGAUCAGCUCAUGCAACAUAUUGAUGGAUAUCGGCUUUUGGGAUACUUAUUACGACGUAAAUCCUGUAUUUUGAACCCACGGAUAUUUCAGCUCAUAUUGACCAUUACUGGCACUGCUGAUGUAAGUGUUGGGCCUGCAAGACCUUUGAACCUUUCUGCAGUAAAACAUAUACUGUGUGAUUUCCAGAUCUGGCUGGAGGUACCGGGAGAUCUGGAUGUGUCUCUACUGACUCACCUUGAAGAAGUUUUAAGAUACCAUGGAGAUGCAGAAAUCAUUCAACAGCUGCAGCUUGUUCCAAGUCUAAUUUUCCUCCUCAAUGACCUUCGCGUGACACAAACAAAAGCCACCCUCAUAUGCAACCUUUUAAACUUGUGCUUGAAUUCUUGCUUUAACAAGAAUGAUAUAUCUAGGCUUGGCCUCUUUCUGGUCAGCACAUUGCCUGGUACAUCAAUUAAUGAGAAACAGCUUUACCCACAGGACCCCCCAACUGAAGAUACCUCUGCAGAUUCUGGGCGACUGAUCUGGCUUCGAAACCAGCUCCUGCACAUGCUGAUUAGAAUUAUGUGUCCUCCUUCUUCGUCUCUGUCUGAACAGCAACAAGACGAAGUAGUGGCAGCUCUUGGGCCUGACUGGUUUCUGCUGUUUAUCCAGCCCUCUGUCCAUCCUUCCAGUGUAGACUUGGGCAUGAAGCUAUUGGGACAAAUUCUUCAAAGCCGGACAUUACUUGCUCGUUUCAGCAAUGUGACAAGAGCAGGAGCUUGUGUGGAGAACAACACUUAUGAGCUGCAUUUGUUAAUGGAUAAUUUAAGAGGCCAAGACACAGUGACAACGUACAAUUUCCCUCUGGUGUUUGGAUUCCGGACUCUGAUCUGCAUUAUAUGCCAUCAUUGGGACAGGACAGAACUUUACCUGUUGCUCUCUUCUGUGCUCCUGAGGACUCCCCUAGUGGAGGUAUCUACUGAGGGAGAUGUGGAGAGCAAAUUGCAGGAUAUAUUUCAUAAUCACAGCCCAGAUAAAAUUUCUCAGCAUGGACUCUGCUUAGAGGGGGCACUUCUGCUGAUGGCUAUGGUUAAGAGCAUUCUCUAUCAGAAAACAGCAACUGAAGAUAAACCAAGAUUACUAGCACACUCCAAAACUGUUAUGCAGUUUCUCUGCCUAGUCUAUGACACCUACCCACAGGAUCCGCUCUGGAUAGCAUCAGGCCUGAUUAAUGCCUUGGCCAGUCUCCUCUUCCUGCCUAUUGAUUUGGAAUCAUGUGAUGCUGAGGAAGAAGGAAUAAUUCCAGGCACUCAAGAUCUUCCUGUUAAAACACACGAACAGUACCUUGAUGCUGCAAAGAAACCAAUUCAGAAGUUGAUGCACUUAAUUCUCAAACAGAAUCUCACACAACUUCCAACUUUCAAGCAUGAACCCCCCUUGGAGUAUCUCUUAGAGGUAUUUCAGGCCGAUGUCUCUAUUGAAAAAAAAAGUCAGUUUCAAACAGAGAUUUUACUGUUUAUGAUGGACAUAUUUCAUGCUGUCAGCCACCGAGGGGAGUCAGAGAACCCAGAACUACAUGCAGGCAAUGAGAUUUCAGAAGCAGUGGCAAUAGCUAACCAGUCAUAUUUCAGCCAAAAGCUGUUGGAAAAGAUGCUUUCUGGAAUAUAUAUUGAUGACCCAUGCAAGAUUCCUCUCUUCUUUAUCAAGCAGAUUACAGCUGUAACACACACCACAGCACCCUGUAACAGGGACAGUCUUUUCACUAUUCUAUAUGACCACCUGAAUCGCAGCAUUCUGCACUGUUUAUCAAGGUCCAGAACCACCCUCUCAGGGAUGAAAAAUCUGCAAAAAGUCCUGGAGCUUCUCCUCUCUCAUUGGGAUGUUAUCUUUGCCACCUACAAUGCCAGCACAAGUUUUCUUGCUUGCUUUCUACACUGUCUUUUUCAGAUCUUCUCUGGAAGUUAUCCUGAAGGUUUUGGUAUUAAAUCCAAGGUUCAAAGAAAAUCUUGGCAACUAAUCUUUCUCUCUGAAGAGGAGGAAGGAGAGGAGCAAAAAGAUAGUCCUGACAUGCAGGAUGCACAUGUCCAUGUCCUACAAGCAGUGCAUAAAGUCUGGGAGCAGCUGAUGGUUUAUAGAGGCCAGCUAUUGGAAGAGUAUUACAAGAUCGAUCUGUAUUUUAAACAAGGAGAAUGUCAAAUAUCCCAGGUCACCCCUUUAUGGGAGGAAAUAGCUUUAAAAGCCUGGCAACAGUAUUUAGUAUCAGAAAAGAAGACCCUGAAGAGUAAAAACAGAACAUCAGCAGGUCCUGGGCAGAGGAUCACAGCUGCUGUCAGAGGACUUUAUGAAGGAAAUGGGCAGGAUGCUAAAUUCAAGCCACAGGAAGCUGCUUCCUCUCUGAAUGAAUGCAGGAGAAUAGCACAAGACUUAUUUGAAUGUCUGUACAGAGAUAAUCAAGAGAUACAGCAAUGUCAAUAUAUGGCUGCCUGCAGGGACUGGUCCGAGCAAGAGCAAGAGUUGCUCUCAGAAGUUGGAGUCUGGGGGUUGCUUCAGAAUCACACUGAGCACAAGUGGGAAUUGAGUCCUAGUGAGGGUCCAUGGCAUAUCAGAAAAAGGAUGCAGCCAUUUCAAAGAAAACUGGAAAUACUGAGUGCCACGGAAACAGGAGUGACUUCUCUUUUGGGAGAGAUACAUAAAGGAACCCAGAUGAGGCUGAAUGAACAAAUGAGCGAUGGGACAAGCAUAACCUUCUUUCCAACUCUGCCAGAUAACCCAAAAUGUUCACAUACAUGCACUAUAUGUCCAGAGAGACUUAAUGUGCUGCGGGAAUUUCCAGAGAAAGAAAAAAUCUUUUUAAAAAUGGCCAUGGUUUUAGUAGAGGCACAUGUGAUCAUGGAAGGGGUCCUUAUGUUUGGGAAAAAUCAUUUCUACUUGUGUCCUCAAUUCACUCUAUCGGCCUCAGGUGAUGUUACUUGCAUUGCACAUGGAAAAUCAAGCAUUGAAGACCCAUUUAUUCAUGACUUAUGCUACAAGGAUACACUUAUUAUGAGCCCCAAAGAUACCGAACACAACCUGGAAUCAUCUAAAAGAAAAGCAAUCAGCGGGAACCCAAAAAUAGAAUGCUUUCCAUUCCAGGAUCUGUUAGAUGUGCAGCCUAUGCGGUUUCUUAUGCAGGAAAUAGCUCUGGAAAUAUAUUUGAGGAACAGAACUUCCAAAUUCCUAGUUUUUCCUAAUAAAGAUAUGAGCACUGCAAUGAAAUGGUUCCAAUCUUCAAUGUCAAAUGCAAAAGGGAAAGUUGCUGAUGAAGAUUCUCAGCAUGUAAGGAGUUCUGCAGGGGAAAAGGUGAUGUUACAGAAGUGGCAGCGCAGAGAAAUUGGGAACUUUGAAUACCUGAUGUUUUUGAACAGUCUUUCUGGCCGUACCAUUAGAGAUCUCAUGCAGUAUCCAGUGAUACCCUGGGUACUUAGAGAUUACAAGUCUGAGAACCUUUACCUCUCAGACCCCAAAGUCUUCCGUGAUCUAUCCAGACCUAUGGGGGCUCAAACUCGAGAGCGCAGUCAAAAGUUUAUUCAGCGCUAUAAAGAUGUAGAAAACAAUGAUGGGGAUCUUUCAGUGCAGUGUCAUUACUGUACACACUACUCCUCAGCAAGCAUUGUUUCAUCAUACUUAGUAAGAGUGGAACCUUUCACACAGGCCAUGCGAUGGGUGCAGGGGGGCCCUCUAGACCUGGCUGACCGAUUAUUCCAUAAUGUAGCAGGAGUCUGGGAAUCUGCCUCUUCUGAAAACAUGAGUGAUGUUCGAGAACUUAUACCAGAAUUUUAUUAUCUGCCUGAAAUGUUUAUCAACAGCAACCACUGCCAGCUUGGUUGCAUGCAGGAUGGAACAGUUGUAGGAGAUGUGCUUCUUCCACCCUGGGCUCAUGGAGAUCCUCAAUCAUUUGUUCGUCUGCACAGUGAGGCUCUGGAGUCUGAAUAUGUCAGCUCUCAGAUUCAUCACUGGAUUGAUCUAGUGUUUGGGUACAAGCAGCGGGGGCCAGCAGCAGUGCAUGCGCUCAAUGUUUUCCAUCCAUAUUUCUAUGGGUCUCCAGAUUACCUGAAUAGUACUGAUCCCUUGGUACGAACUACUCUGAUUGGAUUCAUUAGCAACUUUGGGCAAGUUCCCAAGCAGCUUUUCACUAAGCCUCACCCUUUACGACAUGGUAAAGAAUUAUCAUCAGGACAUACUGUGAGCCCUUUUUACAGUGCUCCCUGCAGUCUGAAGCAAGUCACUGUCACACCUAGAGGAAAUCUACGUGGAGCAGUGGGUCACAUGCUUGUGACAGAGAAGGCCGUGUUUGCAGCAGAGAAAAACCAUGUUCUGCUGUCUCCAUCAUAUGCAAUGAGCCUAAGCUGGGGCUACAGUGAUGGAUCCCUGAAACUGCAAAACCGCAACACUCGCAAGGUUGUAGACGUAUGGGAAUUGAUGUCUCACUGGGGCUGGUGUCAUUCUGUUAUUUGCCCUUCACCAGCCAUUGUAAUCACUGCAAUGAGCAGUUCAGUUCUGUGUGUAUGGAUAUUCUCACCUCCAGGACAAAAGGAAAGGGAGUCUGAAUUACAACUGAAAAAGGUGCUAACAGGUCAUGGGUCAGCGGUGCUCUGUGUUUGUGCAUCAGUAAAGUAUGGGGUUCUGAUCAGUGGCUCUGCAGAUGGAUCUUGCAUCCUUUGGGAUCUGGACAAUCUGAAAUGUGUCCGAAAGCUCCCAAUUCACCCAAGAGAAGUAACACUUGUAGCGGUAAAUGACAGAACGGGUGCAUUUGUCUCGUGUUGUCACUCAGAUCUCUACAUGUGGUCAGUAAAUGGAAAACCCUUAACCUAUAUACGUGUGGGGAGCAACAUUCUCAGCUGCUGCUUUGGGGGUUUGAGUGUAAUAGUCACAGGAUCCCAGGAUGGAAUUGUCAGGUUUUGGAAGAUGGAAAGUGCAGAAGAUAAGAAAAUAAUUGGCCUUGGAGGAGACAGAUUGGGAACAUCUCUGCGCAUGUUUCACCAGCUGGCCCCUAGAAUCACAGCAACAAGAAAGCAACAGCACACUUUUGGAAUAACCGCUCUUGCUGUAUCAAGGAACAACACCAAACUCUUUGUUGGUGAUGAAAGAGGUAUUAUUACCAGCUGGUACCUGGACUGAUGCCACAUACAAUUCUAUUCCUGUAUAAACCAUGCUUGCCCUGAGAUUACAGUAUAUCAUCUUAAAGUGUCAUGACAUAUUUGCAACAUACAUUGUAGUAGCAAAAUACAACUUUGGUUGCUUUGUUGUCACAAUAUGGUUCUUAAUGUUAAUAUAUCCAUUAACUAUACUGUGGAAAUAAAAUGAUACCUACAUUGUU